AUGAAUCCGACUUAUUUCAAUGAAUGGUCGGCCCUAUUCUUCUCAUCUUUGAGGAGGGAAGCUUCGGCUAGGAAGUACAUCUAUAAAUUUAAUUUGCCUCGAAUUAAGAAGUUAGUAGCCAAUAGGGCUGAAAGACAGUUAUUCAAGGCCACAGAGGCCAAUGAAGUCCCAGUACUCUUGGAUAGAAGUGUCUUUGGUUUAAAGAUCUCUCAGAUACAGCAAUUACUUCUAAAGGACAUUAGUGCACCAGCCAAGACAGUUUUCAAGCUGGUGAGGACAGAUCAUGUGGCGUCGCCUGUAGAAAGCUGGGAUGUCUUAAACUCUUUAUUACAACAUCCAGUCGUUAAAACUUACACAAAUGAUACACGCAAUACCCCCAUCAAGUCCCUCGGAGAUAUUUUUGCCUUCACAAAUAUAAUUGCUGUGCCGAUGGCUGAAGAAACCUUGGAAGUUGUAUGGCCCGAUCCUAUGUUUUCAUACUUUUGUAGAGGUAUAGGUGUCACUUCAGAGGUGCACGAUAAGCUAGUUAGGGACGAUAUUACUCUUAUUAAUCCAGCAACUAAGACGAAACUGCCCGUGUUCACAGUGAAGUUUGUUCCUACUGGUUACAAGGCAAUUGGUCUAUUUCCAAAGUUUGUACCCGAACACAGGUCUAUCUUCAAAGGACUAGAUCUGUAUGGAGCAAUGGUAACUUCGAAGAUUUGUAAAGGUAAGGAAAAGCAAGCAGUUGAAAAUGUAAUACGACGGAAAUUGAAUGCUAUGGAUGGUUCAAAUGAUAACAUCGUCAAUCUUCUCCCAAUUUUUGAAGUUGGAAACAGUACCAGGGGAGAAAAUCUAACAUUGAGAGAAUUUAUUAAUGAUAGCAAAAAAUUCAAUCAUUUGUGGCGUUCGAGCGAUUCACGAAAUGCAAUUUGUCCUGGAGAUAUUUUGAGGGCUACCAUUUUAAAUGACGAAAUCACUUCUACUCAGGUUGGAAAGGAAUUCAUGGUGCAUAGUGUACUUUUCAAUAUAUUUUCACAAGUGUGGCGGUCUAAAUUGAAAAUGAAAGAGUAUUCUAGUUUGAAUGAUGACUUACUGGGUUCUUAUCAGUGGAAACCCUGGGAUUCCUUCAUCUGGAAUGAAUUUCAAAAAAUUGAAAAUGAGCCAGCUGCCUUCACUUUAGAAGACGUGAUACUUUUGAAGAAUAAAUUUGAUAGAUUUCUAAUAGAUUUACAUAACUACCAUUGUAUUGUUACGUCCGAGAUGAAACUUUAUAGGCGCAACUUUUUCCAGGAUGGGGAGCAACCAGUAGCAAGAGUCAUUCCAACUUCGCUUAUUUUACAAAACAUUUUACAGCAUUGUAAGUGGAUAAAAGUCUUUUACCCUGGCUUGAAAAUGGCCAUUGAUGAGCAGUUCCAUACAUUGAAAGAUUUCCCAUCAACCGUGGUUCCGCAAGAUGAUGCCGUACUAAAAAUGGGAUCUAGGAUAAGUGCCAUUGUUCAAGAGAUGGCAAUGUAUGAACAAAUUAUUUACAAGGACGAUCUUGGUGAUAAUAUUUACAAGAAGGAAAAGACGGACGUCAUUUUUGAUGAUUGGAAAGUGGUCAUUCUGUUAAAAUACUCAUUACCAAAUGACAUAAUUACAACUAUUAAAUUUGGAACAAGGGUAUAUGUGCAAUUUGUCAAUAGUCUCGAAAACGUUACUAGAAUUGCUUACUCAAAAUGUCUCUCUAAGCGCAUGAUUGAUGAAGAUACUUUUAUAUUCCUGUAUAAAUUGAAUAAAGAAGACAAGAUUCCGAUGGGCAAAAUGGUUGAAACUGUUAUGCAUAACCUCAAAGAGGGUAACAACCUGUUGAUAAACAAUUAA